GCUCACCACCAGUUGAGAGGCAGCGGCUGGUGAUAAGGGAGAUAGCGUACUGGGCGCCCCGCCACAGCCUAGCGUCACAGUGACUGGCUAACACCAAGAUCAGCCCGUCACUGUGGUACAGCGAUUUGCCUUCUAGUUAAUAAUUCCAACCGGGAUACGUGGCGUAAAAGAACGUACUAAUGGAUGAAAAUUGAGUGAGGAAAGAUGGCGUGAGAACUCCUGUAAAAGCCGGAGGAGGAGGCGACCACUGCCUCAAUAACAUUAGUGUUGCUGGAGUGGUGGAGGGGAGAGGAGUGUCGCAGGUGACGCAGGGCUCUCGCCGACAAUAUGGGGCUACUGACGGAGGGAACGCCACUCACCUGGCCCAAGACCAAGGAGCACGCCCACCACGUCCGCAAGCACGGCAUCCUGCAGUUCCUCAACCAGUAUCACCAGCUCAAGGGUCGUCAAGGUGACUGUCUCAAAUGGGGAGAUGAGAUAGAAUACAUGAUCAUCAAACUGGACCAUAAGAACAGGAAGGCGCGGCUCAGUCUUCGGGGAUCAGAACUCCUCGAGGUCUUAAGGGAGGCCGAGGAGACCAAUCCCAAGGAGGUGCGGUCACUGUGGCGGCCGGAAUAUGCAGAAUACAUGGUGGAAGGCACCCCCGGACAGCCCUAUGGUUCUCUUGUCCAACACUUCAACAUCGUUGAGCACAACAUGAGCUUCCGUCGAAGUGAAGUACAGAGCUUAUUACAGCCCGACGAAGUGGUUCUCUCGCUCACCAACUUUCCUAGGAUGGGUUGUGAGGACUUUACCUACCCACCAUCUUGUCCUGAUCCAAAUUCUGGAGUUUCUCGAUCUCUAUUCUUCCCGGAAGCUGCCAUCACACAGAGUCAUCCACGCUUCAAAACAUUAACACGCAACAUUCGAGAGAGACGCAGAGAAAAAGUUGCAAUCAAUGUCCCUAUUUAUGUAGACCUUAAAACUCCAAGACCAUUUGUAGAAGAUUUAUCCCAAUAUGGAGAUGAUGGCAGUUCGGCAGCGGCAGCGAAGGAGGACCAUGUGUACAUGGAUGCCAUGGGCUUUGGAAUGGGUUGCUCAUGUCUGCAAAUGACCUUCCAGGCAUGUAAUAUCAAUGAAGCCCGGGUUCUCUAUGAUCACUUAACACCGCUCUGUCCUGUCAUGCUUGCUCUCACUGCUGCUUCACCAGUUUACCGAGGAUAUCUGACAGACAUCGACUGUAGAUGGGAUGUGAUUGCUGCCUCUGUAGACUGUCGCACUCGGGAAGAGCGUGGGUUGGAUCCUCUCAGAAACGACAGAUUUGUGAUACCCAAGUCUCGUUAUGACUCGGUGGACUGCUACCUCUCGGAGUGUGGUGCCAGGUAUAAUGAUAUCCCUGUGGUGUGUGAUAAGGAGAUCCGGCAGAAGCUCAUAGAUAGCAACGUGGAUGAGUACAUGGCUCAACACAUAUCACACCUCUUCAUUCGGGACUCCAUAUCCCUCUUCUCGGAGAGGAUUCAUCAAGAUGAUACAAGGGAAAUGGACCACUUUGAGAACAUUCAGAGCACUAACUGGCAAACAAUGCGAUUCAAGCUGCCACCAGUUAAUAGCAACAUAGGGUGGCGGGUGGAAUUUCGACCUUGUGAAGUUCAGUUAACAGACUUUGAAAAUGCUGCCUUUGGAGUGUUCAUCGUGCUGCUCACUCGUGCAAUACUUACAUUUAGACUUAAUAUGUUAAUUCCAAUAUCAAAGGUUGAUGAAAAUAUGAAGAACUGCCAGAAACGAAAUGCGGUACUGGAUCAGAAGCUGUGGUUUAGACGAGAAAUUUUCUCCCGCGAGUGUGACAAGGGUGAUGAUGCGUGUCAAAUGACUGUCAGCGAAAUUAUUAAUGGAAAGGGAGAAGAGUUCGUGGGAUUAAUCCCAUUGGUGCGUCAGUAUCUGGGAGCACUGGACCUGGAUGCGGACACAGCGUGUACUAUUGGCCAGUAUUUAAACUUUAUCAGUGCCCGAGCUGCUGGGACAGCAGUAACAACAGCUACCUGGAUAAGAAACUUCAUUACCUCGCAUGCAGAAUACAAACAGGAUUCUGUUGUGAGUGAUGGAAUUGCUUACGACCUGAUUAUUGCAGCUAGUGAUAUCACACAAGGGAAACAAGAGUGCAAAGAGUUGCUUGGUGGUACACCCAAAACUAAAACAUCAGAAGAUAUACCAAAGGCUAUGAAGAAGAUUAUUCAGAUGUCAUGCUUGGCACCACGCAAUGCCGAGUAACCACCUUCCACGUUCCCUUCCCCCUUAAUUAUCGUUAUAGCGUAAUGCAGAUGUCGGAUAACACACCAUAAAAAUGUAUGCAGUGGAAUAUAGAGAAUGAAGUGAUUGCUAAUAUUUAUUUAAUCUGCUUGGACAGUAUACAAAAUUACUUUUCAAAUUUGGGCUACAGAAUGUGAUAUUGAUGUUAAUGACAUUCAAUUGGGAUUAAUUUUACUUGGAUGGACAAGUCAUAAAAUGGGAACAACUUUUCUACUGCAUGUUAGUCAGCUUCCACCAAAUGGUCAUUUGGUGGUGGUGGAUGAAACUGGGACCAGAAGUAUUUUUAAAACCCAAAGAGCUUGCAGUUAUACCACAUAAAAUAAUAUUUUCAGUAUAUUAAUGAGUACUGCAUCACAAUUUUUUCCUAUUAAAAAUGUCAUUGAAUCUUUUCUGGGAGAGAGACUUCAUUGGCUCCCUGAAGAUAGCCAUCAUGGGGUCCACAAGAAAGGCAUUUUUGAUUAUAUUUCUUUGAAAUAUGUUUUUUUUUAAUCUGAGAAUUUUGUAAUUUAAGACAAUUGAAUGGUACUGUACUUAGUAAAUUUUAAAUACAGUACUGUAUGUAAAUAAUUACACAUGCUAAAAUAACUA